GCUGAGGAAUUUUCGUUUUCAAGGACACAGUUUAGUAAUCUCUUCACUUGGUAGCAGCCUUUGGUUUUGCAAAACGUCAAUGCAUUCUGUUGCUCUGAUCACUUGCCCUAAUUCAACAGUUGCUGAGUCUAUUGCAAAUACCUUGGUUAGUAAAAAGCUGGCUGCUUGUGUUAACAUAGUACCAUCUGUCAAAUCUAUUUACCUUUGGAAAGCUAAAACACAGACGAAAUUGAUUCCUACCUUAACGGAAACUGUGAAGGGAAUUCAUCCUUAUGAAUGCCCAGAAGUUAUUGGUUUAAAUAUCGAGGAUGGUUAUGCCCCAUACCUUAAAUGGAUCACUGAAUCAACUUCAUAAAUGUUACUAUCCAAGAUAAAUAAAUAUUUUUAGCACGAGUUUUUCUCUUGUCAAAUUUUUUAUUGACGUAAUGGUUAGUUUUUUUACAGAAAUGGGUGCUGUCGCAUCAACUACUGAAGCACGGGAUGUGACAUUUCAUCCUGAUGAUAUUAUAGUCAGUCAAGAUGUCGUCGACAGGAUCAGAAAAGCUGCUAUUCCCGUUAGUGAUAUCAAAGAUGAGGUCCACACUCCCGAAUCUUUCAAACCAGAAUACAGUCUAGGCUUAAAGCGUGAACUAGAAGAAGCGGAAAGAAGAUACGAAAAACGUCUUCAACUUUUAGAACACCGUAAUGAACAGUUGUUUAAGGAGGCUGCAGAAGAAUACACUCGUACAGUAGAACGCUUAGAAAACAAGUACAUGAGACCAACUCCCGGUGGCUGUUGUGCUGCAGCUGAACAAAGAGUUGAAGAUUGUUAUAAACAGAAUGCUGGGAAGGUACUCUUGUGUUCCAAGCUUGUUUCGGAAUAUGAUCGAUGUGUACAAAAUUUUCUUGUUACUGUGUCUAGGAAAAUGUCGAACACUGCUUAAGACUAUGAAACGGUAUCACUUUGUAUUUAGUGGAUAGAAAUUACAGCUACGCUAUGAUUGUGUUGGUGAUAUUGUAGCAUACUAUUUCUGAUUACAAACUUUGAAUAGUUUCACACAUUUUGUUGUUGGGUUAUGUUUGGUUUGUUGGUUUCGGUUACCAAUUGUUUUGUAUUCAAUGUAAAUAUUAUCUUUAAUGCAAUCAUCAUUAAGAAAUGCGAAAAUUUCUUCUAUGUUUGAGAUGAAGCUGCCGGAUAAUUAUUUUAUUCGCCUUGAAUCAUUAAUUUGGUUAAGUGAGGUUUUGACUUAGUUUCAGAUUUAUAGCCAAACUAAUUUGAUAACUAUACUAUGGAUGGUAUUCAGCGCUGACAAAGUGUGAAUCUCAGUGAAUUUCACUGGUUAUAUUUCGAAAAAGUAACUUCCUAUUUGAUUGCAGUUGCUGGUUAAGUUGUAGUGUUAGUAGGUUUCUAGGUUUCUUGGA